AUGGCCGUAGCCAAAAAAGCUUUGCAAAUAAGAUUACCACCUCUACCCAGUAUUAAAGAUGUUAUCCGACUAUACAAAUUACGUGCCCUUAAAGAACUGUCUCAGAAUUUUCUCAUGGAACCCAGACUGAUUGAUAAAAUUGUAAAAGCUGCAGGUCAUAUAGAAAACAAUGUUGUUUGUGAAGUUGGACCAGGGCCUGGUGGUAUAACCAGGUCUAUAAUACAACAAGGACCUAGAAAAGUAAUCCUAGUCGAGAAAGAUCCACGAUUUAUUCCUACUUUAGAACUUAUAGCUGAUGCAUGCAGAGAUAAAUUAGACGUUGAUAUAAUAACUGGUGAUAUCUUAAAAACUAAUAUUGCUCAUUUUAUCCCUGAAGAUGUUAAACGUGAAUGGACAGAUCUCCCUCCACCAGUGAACCUGAUUGGUAAUUUACCAUUUAGUGUCUCAACAAUAUUAAUGAUAAGAUGGCUAGAAAUGAUUUCAAGGAAAGAAGGUCCAUGGUCAUUUGGGCGUACUAGGAUGACACUAACAUUUCAAAAAGAAGUCGCUGAAAGAAUGGCUGCACCUAUUAUGGAUAAGCAAAGAUGUAGAUUGUCAGUAAUGUGUCAAAACUGGUGUAAUGUGAAAUACAAAUUUGAUAUUCCAGGAACAGCUUUUCUUCCAAAGCCUGAAGUAGAUGUAGGAGUGGUUACACUGACACCUUUAAAACGGCCUAUCAUCAAGUUACCAUUUAAGCUUGUAGAAAAAGUAAUUCGGCAAAUAUUUUCUAUGAGGCAAAAAUAUUCUAUUAGAGGUGCUCAAACAUUGUUUCCAGAGGAAGUGCGGGAAGAAAUGGCUCUUAGAAUGUAUAAAAUGGCAGAUCUUGACCCAGUAACUAGGCCAUUCCAAAUAGCUAAUGGUGAAUUUGGCAGAUUAUGUGAAGCAUAUAAUGAAAUUAUUCAAAAAUAUCCAGAAUUUGAAAAUUAUGACAAUAGGGCACCUAAGAAAACUACUAAACCUGUUGUAGAGGCAGAAAUU